AGCACCUGCACUGUAUUGAUCUACAGAAGUUUAGUGUAAGCUUUCAGCAGGAAAGACCAGGUUUGUACCCAAAACCAUCUCUUUAUGAUGAUGUCCCUGUUUUCCUCGUCACCCAUGGGCUAGUGACCUCCACAUGCAGGGGGCAGCCAAGAUUCCUGGAAUGUUGGAGGCAACCAGGAUGGAGCUGAAGUUGUGUAAUAGUGAGAACUAAAAGGGGAGGGGAUAGAUCUGGCAUACCAUGAGAAGCAGUGACUAUAAGUGUGACCAAACAGGACACAGCACUACACAACCACCUUCAGCUGAACGUAGAUUGAUCCUGCUGCUUCAGCUACUUCAACUUGGUGCUUCCUGACUUUGCAGCUACAUUUGAUUGGAACCAAAAGCAAUGGCAUUGUACACCUUCAUCAUCUUCUCUAUCACCUGGUCUGCAGUGCUGCAUGAAGGGUUUGGUUUGCCUGUGAUGAAUCAGUCUGCGGGAAAAGUCCCACAAAGACAGCGCACCAAACGAUGCUCUUGCAUUAACCAGCUGGACGCUGAAUGCCAUUACUUCUGCCAUCUGGACAUUAUCUGGGUGAACACACCAAGUAAGACUACUGUGUAUGGGCUGGGGAGUCCACUGGCCCGACGCCGCAGAUCCACAGGCCGCUGUUUCUGUGCCAAUCCCGCUGACCAAACCUGCAACGCCUUCUGCGUCCACAGCUCAAAGAACACUGCUGCCCUGCUGAGGAGCUUUUCUGAACCACUGCAGGAAAAAUCAGAGCUUAAUUCAGACCUUCAGGUUGCCCUGGAAAACCUAAACAAUGCUGAUUCAGGAAUAGAGGUCACUGAAGGGUCUAGGAAUAAUGCUCGGGUUGAAUUUCUGACAUUCCUCAGGAACUUGUUGAGAGCUAAAUCCAGGGACAUGAAGAUGGCUGCUACUGCCAGGCAAACAAGCUUGAGGGCCCAUAAACCAGGCCCCAGGUAAAGCUUUCUUGGAGACAGAAGUGAGGAGAUCGAGCACCUGAACAAAACACAACCCCGUGGACUGUGGGGUAGAAGCAUGAAGAAGAAGUCAGAUGCAGAUGCAGAGGCACAACCUGGAAGAAUGAAAACACUGGAAAUAGCAGAUCAGUGGAAGAGACAGUAAGGAUCAAGCCUUUAAGUCAUGUAGAAAGGUCUAGAUGCAAAGGAGUAGAUAGGCAAUUGAUGAAAAAGGUCAGUGUGGUUAAAAAGACUGAAGAAGGUGCAUGAUGAGGUUGCGCUCAGCUGAUAGCAUGGAUAGUUGGAUCCUUAGCUACAGUCUUGUAAUGCAAACAUGAAUCUUUGGCCACCGAAUAAGAUGUUGACAAAAUUUCUAAAGUAAUGACAACAUAUAUUUUGGGUGGGAAGAGGAAAACAAACAACUUGUUGAUGGUGUCAUUUUACAUCAUUAUUGAGUGGGAUUGCACACAAUUAAAGGAUCAAGCUUCUCAAGUUAGAAAAAAAAUAGUGCAAUUGGAGUGCAGUGCAAUGAGGAGCUAAGAGAGACCAUAUGUCUUGAAACAGCCUACAAUUGUAAAAAACAUAUCAAUCAUAGUGUUGAAAAUGGCCUGGCGGUGUUGUAUAAAGACUUUUUCGCCUACUUGUUGAAAUGAGAUCUGUGUGUUAUUCGUUAUGUCAACAGCUUAUAAUAGAUCUGUAGGAUGAUUGAUUGUAGACAAUUAUUCCUCUGUAAAUAUCAAUUAAAGCAUAUUUAGAUAGCUUGUGAUAUAGACUUUAUCAGCUGAACCUGGGCUGAGACACUAGAUAAGACAGCAGACUACAUCAGAAGAGCGGCAAUUAUCAUGCAAGAGCUUUGUAAUGUGUGUAUGAUGAGUGACAUACAGUUCAGACCAUAUUAGCUUUUCUUCCUUAGCUUAUAUAGAAGUACAUAUUUUUUGUAAGAAUGUACUCAGACUGUUUAUUCAUAUAUUCUUUUCUGUUAUAGUUAUGCAUGUCUUUCAUAUUAAUAUUAAUAUUAGUAGAUAUAUUAAAAUGAAAGUAUAUUAAAUGUAUAUUAGUUUGUAUAAGUUAUAGAAAUAAAC